AGGAUAGGCUUGAUAGUGGAGAGGCUGCUAAGAGAAAGAGAGACAGAAAGAGGAGGGCUUCAGAGAGAGAGAAAGACAGAAACAGAGAGAGAGAGAGAGGCUACUGAGAGAGAAAGACAGAGAGAGAGUAUCUGCAAAAACAGAUGUUCUCACCAUGAUUCUGCUGGCGGUAUUGGACUGUUUCGAUGUGAAGGGCUGGCUGGUGUUUAUCUUUGUGUUUCUCUUGGUGGUGGACAUCGUCAGAAACAGAACUCCAACUAACUUCCCCCCUGGACCCUGGUCUGUACCUUUCCUGGGUAAUGUCUUCACAGGGCUCGACUUCAAGACCAUUGACAAGAUGGCUAAGGACUAUGGUCCAGUGUUCAGCCUGCGUCGAGGCAGUGAUAGGGUAGUGUUUAUCUCAGGGUAUAAGAUGGUGAAGGAAGCUCUGGUCAACCAACUGGACAGUUUCUAUGACCGGCCCAUUGUCCCUCUGUUUCAUGUCACCUUCAAAGGCAUUGGUAUCACUCUAAGCAACGGUCACAUGUGGAAGAACCAGAGAAAGUUUGCCCAUACCCACCUGCGAUACUUCGGAGAAGGGAAGAAGGGACUGGAGCACUACAUCCAGCUGGAGAGCAACUUCCUGUGUGAGGCCUUCAGAGAGGAGCAGGGGGGAGGGUUCAACCCCCACUACAUCCUGAACAACGCGGUGGGGAACAUUAUCUCUUGUGUGGUGUUCGGCCAUCGCUUCGAGUACAGCGAUGAAACCUUCCAGAAGGUCCUACGCUUGGACAACGAGGUUGUGAUACUAUCCGGCUCUGCUCGGGCUCAGCUGUAUGAUGCCUUCCCACACAUCAUGAAAUAUCUGCCUGGUCCCCACCAGACCAUCCACUCCAACUACCAACAGAUCACCGACUUCCUUCAGGCAGAGAUAGAGAAGCAUCAGGAGGACUGGGAUCCAGAGGACCCCCGGGACUACAUAGACACAUACCUCACAGAGAUUGACAAGAGGAAGGAGGACCCUAAAGCUGGCUUCAACACAGAGACCCUGGUGGUGUGUACUCUGGACCUGAUCGAGGCUGGGAUGGAGUCCGCUGCCACCACCUUACGCUGGGUCCUGGUCUACAUGAUGAACUACCCAGAGAUACAGGAGAAGGUCCAGGCUGAGAUAGACAGAGUGAUAGGACAGUCCCGCCAGCCCACCAUGGCUGACAGACCCAACAUGCCCUUCACUGACGCUGUCAUCCAUGAGACACAGAGGAUAGGAAACAUUUUGCCGCUGGGUUUCCCCAAGAUGGCCAGCAAAGACACGAAACUUGGGGAAUAUUUCAUACCCAAGGGGACGGUUGUCAACACCAACCUGUCUUCGGUGCUGUUUGACAAAGACGAGUGGGAAACUCCAAACACUUUCAACCCAGAGCACUUCCUGGAUUCUGAAGGACAGUUCAGAAGGAGAGAUGCCUUCCUGCCUUUCUCAGCAGGUAAGCGUGCGUGUGUGGGGGAGCAUCUGGCUCGUAUGGAACUGUUCCUGUUCUUCUCCUCCUUGCUCCAGCGUUUCUCCUUGUCUCCGGUCUCUGGAGCCAUGCCCAGUUUGGACGGUGUCCUGGGGUUCACUCACUCCCCAGCGGAGUUCCUGGUCCGAGCCCUGCCACGGUGACCACCUCCUCACAUUGACCACUUCCCCCUCACUCUGAUCAAAACAUAGAGCAACACAUGGUGUCUCCAAACAAUGGCUGGCUGGAAGAAGCAGGAAACAGCUGUGAGUGUUGAGAUUCACCAGACAGAGAGAAGUAGACUACAGGAUAUCAUUACGAAAUAAUAUAUUUUUUGUACUGUGUAUUUUAUUGAUUCAACUACAGGUAACUGCAAUUUAUAGAGAACUCAAUAUUGAACUAAUAGCAAUUUACUAAUGCAGAUUUACUAAAAUUACACAUUUUCCAGGUCCAAUUAUAGAUUCUCUCAAUAUACGUACUGAACAUAGUGUUUGUGGUGUUUCUUUUUCUUUCUUUUUUUUACACUUUUGAACAGAGUAUUGAUUUCCCUGUCAUACAACUGUGUACUUUGUAUCAAAUAAAGAUAUGCAGAGGUGAA